ACUGGAUUCACAGAGGGGGUAAAAAGUAAAAUGGACGAUGUUUGCGUCGUGCGUCAAACCGUUUUUGUUGUAAUGUACGAAAAAUUAGAAUUUUCAACGAUAUACCAUUGGAAAAAUAACGAAAGUACGCGAUAAUUCAGAUUUAUCAGAUUUCCGGAUCAUAAUUAAAAAAUUGGAAAUUUCGUUCAUGUCCUCGGUAGUUUUGAAUAAAGUACGCGAAAUUUUUUUAAUUACGUAGAAAAAGUUUUUUUUUUCUUUCUGUGAUUUACACUCGCGUGUUUAUGUACACGCGAUAAUCGCGUUUUUUUUUUUUCAUCGAAUGGCGAAAAGUGGGUCUGGUGUUGUCGAAAUGUCCGGGCAAAUUUGUCUCAAGUGGAACAGUUUUUUGAAUAAUAUUGCCACAAGUUUUGAAAAUUUGUGGGAAGAAGAGGGUCUCGUCGAUGUUACACUUGCUAGUGAUGGACAAUGUUUGACAGCACACAAAGUUAUUUUGUCCGCCAGUAGUCCUUUCUUCAAGAAAAUUUUUCACACAAAUCCGUGUCAGCAUCCAGUGAUAAUAUUGCAGGACGUUCAUUUUAGUGAGCUGGAAGCUCUCUUACUAUUUAUUUAUAAAGGAGAAGUAAACAUAGAUCAGAAGAAUUUGCCAGCAUUGUUGAAAGCAGCAGAGACAUUACAAAUAAGAGGGUUGUCCGGAGGAGAUAUUUAUGCCAAAGAAUCUUACAAAAGAUUGAUAGAGUUAGAAGAAGAAAUAGAAGAUUCGAUUUUAGCGCAAGAAUCUGAAGAAAAUCCUAAGAAGAAGCAGAAAGUUGCUAAGUCACUGAACAAUUCUAUGUUGGAAAAGGCAUUAACUCCACAAAUCAUACAAUCGGACAGCGAGAUAGAUACCAAGGACGAAGAUAUUUCGAUUGCGAGUUCAGAAGUCUUUUCAAGUCCGGAUGUCCUUCCAAGUGCGCAUGUCCUUUCCAGUUCAGAAACUCUUCCGAAUUCAGACCUUCCGAACUCGGAUGCCCCUCCAAGUCCUGUUUACCACAAAUUGCAAAUGAAGAUAGAACCUUUGGAAAUGACUGUAGAAGAAUUACAAAAUCAGGAUAUAAAGGAAGAGUUGCAUAGAUUGGACACAGGCCAAGAUGAAGUGACACAAGAAUCUGAAAACAGCCCUGCCGGCGACAUAUCCGGGUUAUCCAGUUUGACGGGUUUAUCUGUUGUCUCGGGGAAAAAUCAGCACAGUCUUGCUUAUCAGCAACUACCUUAUGCAGAUCUGCUGCCGAGUCCAGAUGUGAUAUCGACAUGGGCAACGUCUCGUCCGAUUGAUCAUCUGGCUUGCGAUUUAAUGAAAAUUCUUUUUACUACGGAGGAGAGAAUAAUGUGUAAUGUUAACGGUAAAAUGGGAAAACAACAGUUUGACAGUAACAAAAUACACUUGAUACGAGAAGUUUUGUUACACUUUAGCGAAAUAGUACCAAAUAGCCCGGAAUGGGAAGAAGCGUGGAAAAAUUGUGUUACUAAAAUCGACACGAGUAAUCGAGGCUUGAAAAGAUAUCUGUUCCAGCGACGCUCCGUUUUUCUUCAUUCGGCUUGACAAUUCAAAUGAACUUGUAAUUCGGUGUGACGAUCCUUGAGAACGCUCUCGUUUUGGCAGGCAAAAGCGGUUUCUCCCUUUUUAUUGUCUCAGGGAAAUUGUCUAUUCUCAAAUAAUACGUUUCGAAAUGAGUGACCAAAUAUACCUACAAAAAACGUAUGAGACCGUUCUGUUGUGGCUCCUUGAAAAGGGCUUUACAAAGUCUUUCAGUUUGCGUCCAUUCGAAAUCGAACUAUUGUCAAGAUUCGUGUUGGAUAUUCGAGAAAAAACGGAGCGUUUUGCCGCAGGGUUUUCUCACAUAUGAUUUUAUAUUUAUUUCAAGUACAUCGAGCCUACAAAACUUUGGAGUUAAUCGUUGGUCGUUUUUUAUGCGGAUUCUCCGAUGUUUGUAAUGCAGUUUUGUGAUAAAUUCAAUAUUCUCGCUAUUAUGAAUUCGUACACGGGAAUAAUGAUUCGAAAGAUCACUGUGACUGAAAGGGUGAAAGGAAUCGCUGAAUAUUUAUUCAAAAUCCAUUGUUUUUGUCAAUGAAUAUAGGAUGAAGUGGAUAAUUGAAUAUUUCGUACAAUAACCAACUUCACUUGUUUUUCAAGAGUUCUGAGAUAAACAAUGAAGAGAAAAAUCUCAGUUUUUUAUUCCAAUUCCAAAAAGAAACGAAGGAGCAAAUUUUCUUUUGAACUUCACUCAAAGAUCUUUACCCGGUGUGAAUGUUUAUCGAUUAAAUCAAUUUGAACGAACAAAGGAAAUAUGUUAAUAUUGAUACGAAGCGAUUGAUUAUUUUUCCAUCGGUGGUAGAAGUUAUAGAAUGAUCGAUUGGUCGUUAUUUCAAAAAAAUGCAAUCGGUGAGAGGAAAUUGGAGGGGCAAAAUGGCGAUAAGAAAUAUUCUAAAGACGACAACGACUAAAGAAAAGUUGUAGAGUGGAUCUAGAACGAUAUUAGAGCUUCCUCCGGAGAAAAGCGAGCACAUUCCUCCUUUACGAUUAGAUUCAUCGAAAUCUUAUGAUUUUUGCGAAAUUUCUCGAUUACUCCCACGAGUGCACAAUUAUUGCACAGUGUCAAAAUAAAUUAAGAUUUUCGCAGUGAUAUAACUGAGCGCAUAGACACCACUUAUCGAGUAACGAAGCACCGCUAAUUUGGCAGAAUUGAUAAAAACUCACGAAAAAAAAAAAAAAAAAAAACAACGAAAACGUAAUUUAGGCGUUCGUAAGUGUUUUACAUGUCUCAGAAGUGAGAGAAUAGCAUUACGAUGAAACUACAAAAUAACUAAGAAACAAAACGUGCUUGUAGAAUUGACGAGUAAUACGAAAAUUCUAAUUCAUAUAUAUUAUGAACAUCACUUUUAGUAAUAAAACGAAAUCACACACAAAGAAAGAUCGUUUAUAUUAUUUUGUGUGCUAAGCAAAUACAAAAGAAUGGACACA